AUGAAUACCCUCUCAGCAAUGCUGUGUGGAUCGGUCGCUUGGCCUCGCCUGGCUCGUACUCUUGGGCGGACAGCAGGCGCGAGAACCAACGAGCUCGUCCCGGACGAACCUCUUCCCGCUCCCCGAGGCAUCUCCGAAGCCGGCCUUCCCUUGCUCCAAGCUCAAACCAAGGGGGAAUCCCCCACCUCCGCCCCCAACGCCGUAUCCGCCGCCGAUUCCGACUCCGAGCCCGCCGCCCAGGGCGCCGAGGUGAGACGAGCCGUCGCCGGAGCCGAGCUGCAGCAUCAUCGCGUUCUGCGCCGCCUCGCUCGCCGCCAUACCGGCCUCCGUGCCGGGGACGUAGCCGGGAAACCCUAA